UGAACGGCUGCACUUUCUGGCCUGGCGGAGCCCGUCGUCGGCCAAUCGGAGCCGUGCUUUGCCAAUCCCAUCUUUUUCGCUCCCGCAUCACUUCAUUCUCCCAAAGCUUUAUUCCUUUGCGUUGCCCUUCUGAUUCGACGUCGCGUUUGAUUCUUUCCCUUGAAGCUCUUGCUGUUCUCCCCGGCCGUGCUCAACCGCCAUGGGAAAAAUCAACCUCACAGCCCUUCGGGUGCGACAGACAGCCCUUGGCCAAUUCGCCAGUGGAAAGACCAGCAAACUGCCCCAAUGGGUCGAUGUGAUUGGCGAGAUCCCUCCUGCUGAAGCCCUGAUUCGCACCCGUCCUCCCCAGCACCAGCUCGUCCAGCAGCGGAUGAAGACCGUUGCUGGGUCUUCGAAGCCGCAGGUCGUCUUCCAAGUUCAAGAGAAACGCCGAGCCCCCAAGAAAGCAAGCCGACUCUUCCAGCCCGUCGAGCUCAAAUACGAAGAAGAUCAAUUGCGUACCGAGUUCUUCCGCGACCACCCCUGGGAACUUGCCCGACCCCGUCUGCUCCUGGAGACCACCGGCAAGGACUUUGAACACUACGAUUGGAGCCGGAUUCAACAACCCGGAAAGCGUUUAGAUGGUGAAAGUGUUGUCCAGCGGCAACUGUGGCUCCUAAACAACGUCCCCGACAUGACCAAGACCAAUGCUUAUGACAUUGCUCGCCGAGAGUUCUACCGGCUGCGGUUGAAGGAGGAUGUUGAGCGCCGUGUCGCGGUGGAAGAAGCUGAGGCAUAUGGCGCAGAGUUUGGACCAUCAUACCUGGACAUUGGUAUGAAGCUGGAGGAUGUACAAUACAACAAGUGGGUGGAGUGGGCCCGGCAAUCAGCCCAGGUGCAGGAUCAGCGCCAGGCUGCGCUUGCUGGUGCUCCUGAGCUGGCUGACGAGAAAGCCACCACGGAACCGACCGCUGAGACUGAUGAGGCCGAGGCCACCCAGUAA